GAAGACCUGACGGGCGGGCUUCACAGGGAGCUGUGGUCACACACACCUUGGAGGGAGAGUCGUCUUCCACCGACUGGCUGACAUCCCGGAGUAGACUUGAGGGAAAGAGGAAGGAAGGAAAAGUUUGAGGAAUUAUAGCAAACCUAGAGAGUAGUACGUAGUGGUAGUACAGGUGUAAGACUUGUUGAAAGACUGGUUCAAAGUAGCCAAGGAAAGUUGCCGAGGGUUGUUGCCUGCAAGUUGGAGUCAUUCCGCUCUGAUCGUUGGGUGUCAUUCAAGUCUUUUUAUAGUGCUUUAUUUUUACCCUAGGACUGCGUUCUUGCAGACUGGGCCACGUGUGUGCGUGCUUCUGCUCUCUGUCUGCAAGUAAGCUUGUGUGUGUAUUCAUCAGAGUGUAUUUGAAACCGAGCCAUGGCCGACACAGACUUCAAACUGGAGCGCGCCGUCUUUGCCGAAAUCUCUGAUGAUGACGAUGAGGAGGUCGCCUUGGUGCCGGCUUCCACCAAACCUGCCACGACAAGCAAAGUGUUCAAAUCAAGACGAGGCGAUGAUGAUGAUGAUGAUGAUGGCGACCCAGCGAAGGAGGUGGAUCUGGUGUUGGGGCCAGGACUCGAUGGAGGUGGCAGUGGUGACCCUGAGAAGUCUGAGGCCCAGGCUACCGGCAUGAUGGUCUUGGCACUCCUAGACAAAAUCAUAGGUGUGGUGGACCAGAUCCAACACACUCAAACAGGUCUCGAGGCCAAGCAGGAGACCAUGGAGAAGAACAUGAGCAGCAUCCAGACGGAGCUGGCCAAGCUGGCGAAGAGUCACGUUGGAACAUCUGGGACAGUCAACAAGCUCCUGGACAAGGUUCGAAAGGUGAACGUCAAUGUGAAGAGCGUGCGCACGGACCUGGAGAAGCAAGCAGGACAGAUAAAAAAACUAGAGAACAAUGAACAUGAGCUCCUCAAGAGGAAGAACUUCAAAGUGCUCAUCUUCCAGGACAAGGUGAAACCUGUGAAGGUCUCUAAGAAGCCAGUGGCUGCAGGAGAAGAAGGAGAGCAGGUCCUGAGUGAAGGAGGUGAAGAAGAACAUGGCUCUGAAGAGGAAGUGGAGGUUGAGGAGAUCAUUGAGGAAUCUCGUGCUGAGCGCAUCAAGCGCAGCGGCCUCCAGAAGGUGGACGAGCUGAAAAAGGCCUUCAGCAAGGAGCAGAUGGAGAAGACCAGGCAGAAAACCAAGGAGAACCUGGAAAAAACCCGACAGAGAACGAAAGAGAACCUGGAGAAGACACGUCAGAGAACCCGAGAGAACCUUGAGAAGACCAAGAAGAGCCUGAGCAAGAAGAUGGAUAAGCUGGGAACAAAGAUGACCCCUAACACCCAGCGCCGUGAAAAGAUCCGUAGCUCCAGAGAGAAGAUGAAGAAGUCACUCACACCCGACCACACCGUCUACGCCCGCUCCAAAUCGACCACCUACCGUGUACCGCCCUUCACCUUCCACGUCAAGAAGGUCCGUGGGGGUGAGAUUGAACCCACACCAGAGCCUGAGGAAGAGGAGGAGCAGGUGGAGCAGGAUGAGGAGCUCCAGGAGGGGCUUGUGGUGCAGGAAGGAGGCCUAGUGUCAAAGGUGGAGGAAGGUGAACUGGUCAGUAUUGACAGCCCAGAGAUGGAGGCCUUGCUAGAGGCAGCUGAUCACUCACGGCUGGCGUUCCAGGAGACGGUGAGACCAAGGGAGAAGGCUGGCCAGUAAGUUCAGUAUGUUAAGUCCUGGAAAAAUCUCAACACCGAGAAAAAAAAAAGUGUGGAGGUCUGGAGAUAAAUCAGGAUAAUGGGAUGUAGGGAACUGAGAUGUGCUUGAUGGCGGAUUAAAGAGCAAAUGAAUAUGGAGUCGCCUGGACCUAUGGCUGAACGUUUGGUUUGCUUUAUUUCUUGUUAUCUACUCAACCCAAAGGUUGCUUUUUUAUUAUUAUUAUUAUUUUGUUUUCUUCAAUUGUCAGUUUUUAAAAUUGACUAAUGGUCACUUUUUAUUGUGUGAAGAUACUAAAAAAGAUAAAAGAAUUUUUAAUUUGAUUACUAAGACUUAAUGUACAUUUAAAAUCUUAAAAAAACAAAUGAAUGUGAUAGUAUUGGAAGUGAGGAGGUUUGCGCUCCGGAAGAAUAUUUUCAUAAACACUCUCAUGGCAUUUAGAUCCUAUUAGAUGACAUAUGUUGUUAACUUAUUAAUUUGCUAUCAAGGCUACCCGGUUGCAGCCAAUAUAUGUUUAUAUUGAAGUGCCCAUAUUUAAUGAACACCCUGUGUUCUUUGUACUAUCAUGUGAUGUGAUGGCUGCUGAUUUCAACAGUAUAAAUUAAUAGCAAGCCCUUUGCGUCUUGCUGAAUGUCUGGCCUUUGAUUUAAUGCCGUGAAUGAACUGUUGGAAGCAGUUGAAAGUGAAAUCUUUGAGGUGCUAGAGAGUAUGUUGUUAGUUGGAAAUAUUGUUUUGAGGGGAAGUGAAUGAUAAAAUAGUCUAAUUAUUUUGAAAAUAUAUAAAAAAAAAAAAAAAAAGGACAGGAAAGAAAGUACUGCAAAUAACUACUGUCUUUUGAAAUGGAAGAUUUUAACAUUGGUGAGAUUUUUUUCUGGUCUAGUCACUGACGUGAAUGUGAUCCAAACUCCAAAUGUUUCAAACGCUUCACUCUCUGAUUCAGACUUGAUGUAAAAGACUUGUAAUCACUGCUUUUGACAUCUAGCAAUAGUAUAAUUUAAUCUUUGAUCUUUAAUCUAAAUAAGUAAAUGUCAAUAGAAGCUCUUAGAAACCUGUAAAAUCAAGCAGAAUAUCAGUCUCUGAAAAGUUUGCUUUUUAUAAUUCACUUUUAUUCAUUCUGAGGUGAAUUCAUUUGACUGUUUACCCUAUUUGUACAUAUACACUUUGACAUGCUCAAAGCAAGACUGGUUUGUCUAUUGUCUUUCGUAUACAGGUACACACAUAAAUACAGUAUUAGGUAAACAGGGGCUUAUUCUGUGGAAAAGGUUGUUGAUAGUAGACUACUGAUAUGAUCUAUCCAAGUCAUUGUGUAAUUCAGCUCACUGAAGUAAAGUGAAAUAUAUCAUAUUUCUAUCCUAUUUGAAUAUUCAGCUCAGUCACUGAUCUUUCAUUGUACUUUAAGUGCCUUCAUGUCAGAUAAUCAACCUACAUUAUCGCAUAAGUAGUCUAAUUUUUUACAACCAAUACACUGAAAGCAAGCAUUUUGUAUCAUGCUUUUUAUGAUCUUAUGUUAUGAAAAUACACAGUUUUCAUGGCACACAUGGGCAAUAGUUUUCUAGGUGUGAUGUCUGAAUGAAGCUACUUAUUGGCUAUUCUGUUGUCCUCGUGAGAUUUGUGGCUGUAUAAAUGGAUUGGGUGUAGGUUGCUUUUAAUAAACAAAUAAAAGUGUCCAUCUUUGUGCUGUGAGAACUGAGGCUUGAUUAUUGGUGAAUAAACAUACUACAAUGUAAACAAA